AUGGCCAUGCCCAUCACCACCAUCGCCGAGACCAAGGAGCUCCGUGGGCUCAACCUCAUCGCUGCGCAUUCGCACAUUCGCGGGCUCGGCGUCGACGAUGACACGCUCGAGCCAAAGGUCUCGUCGCAGGGCCUGGUUGGGCAGGCAAAAGCUCGCAAGGCGGCGGCUGUCAUUCUCAAGAUGGCGCGAGACGGCAAGAUUGCAGGUCGCGCAGUCCUGAUUGCCGGUCCCCCAAGCACAGGCAAGACGGCCAUUGCCAUGGGCAUGGCGCAAUCCCUCGGCCCCGACGUGCCUUUUACCAUGCUGGCCUCGUCUGAGAUCUUCUCGCUCGAAAUGUCAAAGACGGAGGCUCUCACACAAGCCUUCCGCAAGUCGAUUGGCGUCCGGAUAACCGAGGAGAGCGAGGUCAUCGAGGGCGAGGUUGUCGAGAUACAGAUUGACCGCAGCGUCACGGGGAGUAACAAGCAGGGCAAGCUGACCAUCAAGACGACUGACAUGGAGACUGUCUACGACAUGGGCACCAAGAUGAUCGACGGCAUGACCAAGGAAAAGGUCAUGGCUGGCGACAUCAUCUCCAUCGACAAGGCCUCGGGCAAGAUCACCAAGCUCGGCCGCUCCUACACGCGCUCACGAGACUACGAUGCAAUGGGGGUCGACACAAAGUUUGUCCAGUGUCCCGAAGGCGAGCUGCAGCAGCGGCGCGAGGUGGUGCACACAGUCAGCCUGCACGAGAUCGACGUCAUCAACUCGAGGACCCAGGGCUUCCUGGCUCUCUUCUCAGGCGACACGGGCGAGAUCCGCAGCGAGGUGCGCGACCAAAUCAACACAAAGGUGGCCGAGUGGAAAGAGGAGGGCAAGGCAACCAUUGUGCCUGGUGUGCUGUUCAUCGACGAAGUCCACAUGCUCGACAUUGAGUGUUUCUCGUUUGUCAACCGUGCGCUCGAGGACGAACUGGCACCCAUUGUCAUCAUGGCUAGCAACAGAGGAAACACGCAGAUACGCGGAACAGACUACCGGUCGCCGCACGGGCUGCCGCUGGACUUUUUAGACCGCGUCGUCAUUGUCAACACGCACCCAUAUUCGUCGGAAGAGAUGCAGCAAAUCAUCUCGAUAAGAGCACAAGAAGAGGAGGUUGAUGUGUCUCCAGACGCGCUAGCAUUGCUUACCAAGAUUGGUCAGGAGGCUGGGUUACGGUACGCCAGCAAUCUGAUCACCACCUCUGACCUGAUACGCGGCAAGAGGAACGGUUCCGAGGUUACGAUUGAGGAUGUGCAGCGGAGCUUUGCGCUUUUCUACGACGCCAACCGAAGCGUCAAGUUUGUUUCCGAAUCAGAGAAGCGUCUAAUUGGCGAGGCGGGCGAUGUAUCUUUUGCCGUGGCCAACGGCACGGAUGCCAUGGAUGUUUCAUAG